UAGGUUAGGUUAGGUUAGGUUUUAAAUACUAAUUGUUUUAAUAAAUGCAGUUUUAAGUAGUUUAGCAAUUAAAACUGUAUAUAAAAGUAAUUAAACAAUUUAAUAUAAAUUUAGUUAUUGGUCGUGGUGUAAAUAUGGCUGCUCGUUUAAUGAUGUACUAUUCAGAACAUACUAUCAUUUGUGAUGAUGUAACCUAUGAACAAGCAAAAUCUCAACUUGGUGAAGAAAAUUUUAUAAUUUUACCAGUAAAAAAGCUGAAAGGCAUGCAGAAUAUUAAGGCCGUCUAUGAAUAUCGUUUAAAAGAAACAUUAGAAAAUUUGAAAGAUAUUGAUCAGUUUGAAGAACCAUGUCUAGGAAUGCUCAAAGAAAAAGCUAUUGUAACAGAAUAUUUGAAGAAAAUCAAAGAAGAAACAGAACAAAAAAUUGUAUAUUAUCACGUUCUCCAUCACUUUGUAAUUGUUAAAGGUGAUUCUGGAAUUGGAAAAGGACGAUUUUUAUAUUGGUCCUGUUUAGAAGCUUCUAAUUUGCAUUACAAAGUAAUAACAUGUAAAGUUAAUAUAGCUGUAAAAGAUUCAUCUUUAAGCAUUGUUUCAAGAAUAUUAACUAAAUUACUCAAAUUAAAAGGGAUUGCAACAAAAGUAAAGCAAAAAUUGAUAACAACAAUGUUAAGAGAUUCUGAAGAAAUUCAAAAUAUACCAUUAUGUUUAUUAAAUGAAUUAUUUCAAAUUCAGUUUCCUUAUCCAAAGGAACCACUUCCACAAGACCAAACAACAGUGAAAAAUAUGCUAUUUGAUUUAUUGCUAGCAAUGUUUCAAAAGUUAAUGGAAACUCAGCCACUUUUUAUAGCAAUUGAUGAUGCACAUAAUAUGGAUGAUGAUUCUUGGAAAUUGUUAUACAAUGCUGCUCGUGCUUAUCAUCAUCUUAUUUGUAUAGUAGCAACUAGUGUGACUGGUUUUAACAGAAGUGUUGUUAAGAAAAUAAUGAAAGGUCAAGUUACAACCAUUAUUUUGCAGCCUCUUGAGUCAAAUUUUACAGGAAUAAUUGCCUGUCAUUUUCUUAAUGUUAUUGGAAUUCAUAAGAAAAUAAAUGACUUUUUAAUAAAGCAUGCUAAAGGGAAUCCACAAUGGAUUAAAGAAUUGUUAUUGUGUCUUGAAGCCCAAAAGCUCAUCAAAUGUACAUCGUAUCCAUUAACUGCUAAAUUAUAUGAUAGAUAUCAAUCUGAUUUUAUUUUCCCAUGUAAAAAAUAUUUUAGUGAUAAAUUUUAUAAUAAAGCAUGGAUUCCAAUGGAAAAAGAAGCUCCACCAGAAAGUGUUGGAAAUAUGAAAAACAUAACUUCAACUCCUCUUAUUUGUGAUACUGCACCUGCUACAGACUUAGAAAAAGUUGAUUUACCUAAAACAAUGGAAGAUUUAAUUCAGCAAGGUUUAAACAUUAUUAAAACAAGGCAGCAAGUUUUGUUAAAAACUGCAGCAACUCUUCAAACAGAAUUUGAUGUUGAAUUACUUGCUAAAAUAAAUCCAGAUCUACCAAUAGAAGAGAUAAAUCAAGAUAUUAAUGAUAUGAUAAAUCAUCAUUUCAUAGAAUAUGUUCAAAAAUCAGAUGAAGAAAAUAUAAACAAAUUAAUAAUUCCAAGUUUUAUUUAUUCUACUGUAUAUGAAUCUAUGACAAAUCAACAAAAAAUUACACUUCAUAUAAGAAUUGCAACAUGUCUUGAAAAGAAGAGUAUUAUUUGUCCAUCAUGUAGUGAAACAAAACAUAUGUUAAAGAAUGAUAGAAAAAAUAUUGAUAUAACAAAAGAUAUUGUUGAAGAAGAAAUAUUAUUUCAGAAUGUAAAGGUUAAUUUGAGAGCAUGUAAAUGUCUAGAAACAAGAUUUAUUCUGUUUGAUCAGUUAUCUAGUCAUUGGAAUAAAGCAUUAGCUAUUGGAAAAGCUGUUGAAUAUUAUCACUUAACUGCUAAUGCUGCUAUUAAAUUAAACAAUUUUGAAAAGGCAGCAUCUUGUUUGCAAACUGCUAAUGAUUUGAUCAAUUCAAUGCAUAAAAUUCAUAAACAUCUCAUUUCAAAAUCUGAUGAUGAUAUUGCAUUAGCUAUUCCUUUAGUUUAUAUCAAAAGUAAAAGAAUUUCAGCACAUCUGAAUUUUCAUGAGAAAAAUUAUACAAAAGCUCUAAGUGAUAUUAGAAAUGCAUCUCAUUUAUUGAAGCAUUCAUUUCCAGCAUAUUACAGGAAUUCCUCAAUCCAAAAUUUGAUAAAAAUUGUGAAAAGAUCAAAUAAAAAUGAGAUGUCUGAAGAAUGUAAACUUCUUUCUAUAGCAAUUCAAAUAUAUAUAAAAACUACUGAUUUUAAUAUUGCAUAUGAUUUGGCUAAAUUUCUAAAAAAUAUAUUAAGUAUUUUAAAAAAAAAAAUUUAUAAAAUAAUAGAUUCACAUAUCCUGUUUAUUGAAAGUCAUUUUUAUAGAGACAGAUUGGCUAUACAAAAGCAGAUACAAUAUGAAGAAAAUGCAAUGAAUUAUUGUAUGGAAAUACUUUGCAAGGAAAACUCCCUUGUAUUUGAUGAUUUGAAAAGUAUUGGAAAAUUGUAUAAAACUAUUUUAUAUUUACAUUUAUUUAAUGGAAAUUUAGAUCGUGCUAUUGAUAUAGGUUUCAAAGCAAUGAAAAUUUUUCAAAAUCUUUCUGAUUUAGAUUCACUCAUUGAUAUUCAGCCUUAUGUUGCCCAAGCUCUUCUUUAUAAUGAAAGCUUUAGUAAAUGUAUUGAAGUUUUGUCACUUCUUGAAUGCAAUGCAGAAUUAGCUAAUAAUAAUACAGGAAUGGCUUUAUAUUACGGAAACCUUGCAGAACUUAUAAAUUAUAGUUUGACUUUUGUCUCUGGAGAACUAAAGAAAAAGUGUUCUGAAUUUGCAGAAUCAUUACCUUUGCAGAAUAUUCAUAGAGAAGUGGAAUUUUAUUUAACAGCCAACAUGGCAUUGUGGUAA